AUGUAUGCAGACCAGGUAAUAGCAGGCGACAGCGACCGCGGGUUUUGGCUAUUUGGAUUGAAGCCGUCGAGCACUGAAGGACCCAGUACCGACAACGCUGAAAACAGUGAGGUCGCCACCAGCGGACGGUGGCCUCUGAACAAUCGCCGCAGCUAUGAGGCGAACAACGGUGAUGGUCACGGCACAAUGACUAUACCGAUCGACGUGCAGCGGAUCGUUAAGGAGAAGUCGUGGUGCAAGAUGAAGCAAUUUGUUCAAAACAUUACUCAGGCCGGUUGUGAAACAGUUCAGUUAAAAAACAACUUCUGCUAUGGUGCCUGCUUCUCGAUGGGCCUGCCGGACAUUGUCCACAACCAACUGACCAUCUGCAGCUAUUGCGCGCCGGCUGCGUUUGCGCGCCGCAGAGUAAGACUCACGUGCGAAAACAAAACCAUGCUAACUACGUGGGUGAAAAUCGUUCGCAUUUGUGAAUGUCUCGGUUGUAAAUUUCAUCAGUUUUAA